GAGCUCAAGAGCGGGACCAACCCGCCAUUAAUGCCCUCCUCUCUAUCUCUCUCUCCCCACCUUCUUUCUCUUCCUUUCUUCAACCUAUCCAUCUUUUACGUAUCAAACUCAAAUCAAUAGCUUUUAAGUCAACUUGCUUGCUUGCUCUGUUUCUCUUUGAGCUUAUUGUUAGCAGCCAUUAUUAGAUCAACUCCAAAAGCACAAAACCCACCUCACUCUCCUCUGUCUCUCUGAUUCGACCAGAAAAAAGAGGCAGAGAUUGUAGAAACAAGGUUGUUGUCGUGUUCUGUUCAUGGGGGUCUGCUGGAGCGCCCAGAUCAAAGCUGAGAGCCCGUUAAACACAGGUUCAAAGUUUGUUAGUAAUGAUGGCAGUACAAGCAGCAAGGUCUCAUCAUUUUCAGCACCUCCAACUCCUCGGACGGAGGGUGAGAUCUUGCAGUCAACCAAUUUGAGGAGCUUCAGUUUUGCUGACCUCAAAUUGGCCACCAGGAAUUUCCGUCCUGAUAGUGUGUUAGGAGAAGGCGGCUUUGGUUCUGUUUUUAAAGGGUGGAUUGAUGAAAAUUCAUUUACAGCUGCAAAGCCUGGGACUGGCAUAGUUUUGGCUGUGAAGAGGCUUAACCAAGAAAGUUUCCAGGGUCACAGGGAGUGGUUGGCAGAAGUGAAUUAUUUGGGACAGUUCCAUCAUCCUAAUCUUGUGAAACUAAUUGGCUAUUGCUUGGAAGAUGAGCAGCGCCUUUUGGUAUAUGAAUUCAUGCCCCGAGGCAGCCUGGAAAAUCAUUUGUUCAGGAGAGGUUCAUAUUUUCAACCUCUUUCUUGGAUCCUCCGGAUGAAGGUUGCCCUCGGUGCUGCAAAGGGGCUGGCCUUUUUGCAUAGUGCUGAAACAAGGGUGAUAUAUCGAGACUUCAAGACGUCUAAUAUCCUGCUUGAUUCGAACUACAAUGCAAAGCUGUCAGAUUUUGGCUUGGCCAAGGAUGGGCCAACGGGUGACAAAAGCCACGUCUCAACUAGGGUGAUGGGGACAUAUGGAUAUGCUGCACCAGAAUAUCUAGCCACAGGUCAUCUUACUGCCAAGAGUGAUAUCUAUAGUUUUGGAGUUGUCUUGUUGGAAAUGUUAUCUGGUCGGAGAGCAGUUGACAAGAAUCGGCCAUCUGGGGAGCACAAUCUGGUUGAAUGGGCUAAACCCUUCCUGGCAAACAAGCGCAAGAUCUUUCGUGUCAUAGACAACCGUCUAGAAGGCCAGUAUUCAAUGGAUGGAGCUUAUAAGGCAGCUACCCUUGCAUUACGAUGCCUAUCGACAGAAUCCAAGCUCAGGCCAACAAUGGAUGAAGUUGUAAAAGCACUGGAGCAACUGCAGGAUUCCAAUGUCACCACCAGCAAUCAGAGCCAUGCACACAGGAUGCGCAGGCGAAGUGCAGACGAUGUUAGCAAAGCUAGGCGGGCAUCUAUAGAUGAAGCUAACAAAGCAAGGAAUACUGUUGCUUAUCCCCGGCCGUCUGCUUCACCCCUAUAUGCUUAAGCUGUUUUGUUGAACAAAAUAGCAAAAGCUGCAUUAUACCAACGUUUCUCCAGUGACUGUAUAGUUUGUUCUGGCUAAUGUAUUCAACCCUCUGACAGAUUACUAGCGGAGCUUGUAAAAUGAGCAGAGCCUCUAAAAUGAGCAAUGCCCAGAAUGUUGUGUUUUCUAGACCACCAAAUUGUAACAGUACCUUGGAAAAGUAGGGAUGGAAAGUGCUUUUGUAUGACAGAUUGGCCAUCCAUUUUUCUCUGCAUGACGACGUAUUUUAUUUCAUUUUUUU